AUGAUCCACGCCUACUGGCUAAAGAAGUUAACUGCACUCCAUGAGCGCCUGGCAGCACAGAUGAACCAGCUGCUAAUGGAUGGGACCCACCCGGAAUGGCUGACCAAAGGGCAUCUUCUGUCACAAUGUCAGCACAGAAUGAAACAUACCCUGAGGAAGAAAUGUCAGCCUGUAUUUGAAGGGAAAGCUAAGGAAGGACAGCCAACACUUCUCAGUGAGAUUUACACAGAACUCUACAUAACUGAAGGUGGGACUGGAGCAGUCAAUGAUGAACAUGAAGUGAGACAGAUUGAAACAGCAUCCAAGAAAAGGCGAACAGAAGAUACUACAGUCAAGUGCAAUGAUAUAUUUAAACUCUUAUGUGGGCAUGAGACACCUAUCAGAACUGUACUCACUAAAGGGGUGGCAGGUAUCGGGAAAACAGUCUCUGUGCAGAAAUUUAUUCUCGACUGGGCAGAAGGAAAAGCAAACCAGGAUGUUCACUUCAUAUUUGCUCUUCCUUUCCGGGACCUGAAUUUGAUUAAGGGUGAAUACAGUCUGAUUGAACUGCUUCACCACUUUAUCCCAGAACUGAAAUCAUUUCAAUCCACUGAGCUGUUUAGGUACAAAGUCUUGUUCAUCUUUGAUGGUCUCGAUGAGUGUCGCCUUCCUCUGGAUUUUCAGAACAAUGAGAGCUGGUUUGAUCUAACAAAGAAAACGUCACUGGAUGUGCUGUUGACUAACCUCAUUAAGGGGAAUCUGCUCCCAUCCGCUCUCCUCUGGAUAACCUCUCGGCUAGCAGCAGCCAAUCAGAUACCUGCUAAGUGUGUCCACCAGGUGACAGAGAUACGAGGGUUCAGUGAUGCCCAGAAGGAGAAAUAUUUCAAAAAGAGAUUUAAUGAUCAGACCUUGGCCAGCAGGAUUAUCACACAUGUGAAAUCAUCAAGGAGCCUCUUCAUCAUGUGCCACAUACCUGUUUUCUGCUGGGUUUCAGCCACUGUGCUUAAGAGGCUUUUUAGUGAGACUGACAGGGGAGAAAUUCCAAGGACUCUGACUGAAAUGUACACACACUUCCUGAUCUUUCAGACAAGUUUAAAAAAUGACAAGUAUAUGAAAAACCAUGAAACUAAACUUAAUGAAUGCAGCAAGGAAUUCCUUUUAAAACUUGGUAAACUGGCUUUUGACAACCUUGAGAAAGGCAAUCUCAUAUUUUAUGAACAAGAUCUGUCAGAGAAUGAUAUUGAUGUCACUGAAGCUUCAGUUUACUCUGGAGUGUGCACAGAAGUCUUUAAAGAGGAGUAUGGGUUGUACCAGGAGAAGGUGUACUGCUUUGUGCAUCUGAGCAUCCAGGAGUAUCUCGCUGCUUUAUAUGUGUUUCUGUCAAACUCAUCAACUGACCUGCUGAAGACUGCAGUGGAUCAGGCAUUAGAGAGCAAGAAUGGACACUUGGACCUCUACCUCCGCUUCCUCCUGGGCCUCUCAACAGACUCCAGUAAGUCCUUGUUAAAAAAGCUACUGAGACAGACAAGAACCAGCUCACAUAAAAUUGAGGAAACAGCCCAAUACAUCAAGGAGAAAAUACAGGAGAAUUUAUCUCCAGAAAGGACCAUCAACCUGUUCCACUGUCUGAAUGAACUGGGUGACAAUUCUCUAGUAGAGGAGGUACAAAGAUACCUGAAUUCAGGAAACAUUUCAGCAGAUGACCUCUCACCUGCACAGUACUCAGCUCUGGCCUUUGUGAUGCUGAUGUCAGAUGAGGAGCUGGAUGUGUUUGACCUGAAGAAAUACAUCAGAUCAGAUGAAGGUCUUCAGAGGCUUCUGCCUGUGGUCAAGAAAUCCAGGACAGCUCUGCUGGAAAGCUGUAAACUCACAGAGAAAUGCUGUGAGUCACUAUCUUCAGCUCUCAGAUCAAACUCUUCCCCCCUGAGAGAGCUGGACCUGAGUGACAAUGACCUGCAGGAUUCAGGAGUGCAGCUGCUUUCUGCUGGGCUGGGAGAUUCACACUUUAAACUGGAGAUACUGAGGCUGGACAGCUGUAAUCUCACAGAGAAAUGCUGUGAGGCUCUGACUUCAGCUCUCAGAUCAAUCACCUCACACCUGAUAGAGCUGGACCUGAGUAACAAUGACCUGCAGGACUCAGGAGUGACACUCCUGUCUGCUGAACUGGGGAAUUCCGACUGUAAAGUGCAAAUACUGAGGCUGUCCAGCUGUAGAGUCACAGAAGAAGGCUGUUCUUCCCUGGCUUCAGCUUUGAGGUCAAACCCCUCACACCUGAGAGAGCUGGACCUGAGCUACAAUCACCCAGGAGACUCAGGAGUGAACCUGCUCUCUGUUGUACUGAAGGAUCCCAGCUGUAAACUGGAGAAGCUUCAGCUGAACAGUUGUAAAUUGAGUUGGGAAUCCUGUAUAGUGCUGGCCUCUGCCCUCAGCUCAGAUUCACACCUCAGAGAGCUGGACCUGAGAGAAAAUGAGCUGCCAGAUUUAAUAGAGAAACAGCAUCCAGGGUUUAAACAGCAGAGGCUACAACCAGCAUUGCUGGGUUUUACACGCUGCAAACUGGACAUACUGAGGCUGAACAGCUGUAAUCUCACAGAGAAAUGCUAUGAGGCAUUGGGUUUAAUUCUGAGAUCAAACUCUUCACACCUGAGAGAGCUGGACCUGAGUUACAAUGACCUGCAGGAUUCAAGAGUGGAGCUGCUCUCUGCUGCACUGGGGGAUUCACACUGUAAACUGGAGAUACUGAGGCUGUCCAACUGUAAUAUCAGAGAAGAAAGCUGUUCUUCCCUGGCUUCAGCUUUGAGGUCAAACCCAUCACACCUGAGAGAGCUGGAUCUGAGCUACAAUCACCCAGGAGAGUCAGGAGUGCAGCUGCUCUCUGCUGUACUGGAGGAUCCCAGCUGUAAACUGGAGAAGCUGCAGCUGAACAGCUGUAAAUUGAGUUGGGAAUCCUGUAUAGUGCUGGCCUCUGCCCUCAGCUCAGAUUCACACCUCAGAGAGCUGGACCUGAGAGACAAUGAGCUGCCAGAUUUAAUAGAGAAACAGCAUCCAGGGUUUAAACAGCAGAGGCUACAACCAGCAUUGCUGGGUUUUACACGCUGCAAACUGGACAUACUGAGGCUGAUUAGCUGUAAUCUCACAGCUGAAUACUGUGAGGUGCUGGCUUUAAUUCUCAGGUCAAACCCCUCACCCCUGAGUGAGCUGGACCUGAGUGACAAUAACCUGCAGGAUUCAGGAGUGAUGCUGCUUUUUACUGGACUGGGGGAUUCACACUGUAAACUGGAGAUACUGAGGCUGUCCAGCUGUAGUAUCACAGAAGAAGGCUGUUCUUCCCUGGCUUUGGCUCUGAGGUCAAACCUCUCACACCUGAGAGAGCUGGAUCUGAGCUACAAUCACCCAGGAGACUCAGGAGUGAAGCUGCUCUCUGCUGUACUGGAGGAUCCCAGCUGUAAACUGGAGAAGCUGCAGCUGAACAGCUGUAAAUUGAGUUGGGAAUCCUGUAUGGUGCUGGCUUCUGCCCUCAGCUCAGAUUCACACCUCAGAGAGCUGGACCUGAGAGACAAUGAGCUGACAGAGAAACGGUGCCCAGGAUAUGAAAGGCAGAUGCCCCAGUCAACAUUGCUCAGUUUUACACGCUGCAAACUGGACAUACUGAGGCUGAACAGCUGUAAUCUCACAGAGAAAUGCUAUGAGGCAUUGGGUUUAAUUCUGAGAUCAAACUCUUCACACCUGAGAGAGCUGGACCUGAGUUACAAUGACCUGCAGGAUUCAAGAGUGGAGCUGCUCUCUGCUGCACUGGGGGAUUCACACUGUAAACUGGAGAUACUGAGGCUGUCCAACUGUAAUAUCAGAGAAGAAAGCUGUUCUUCCCUGGCUUCAGCUUUGAGGUCAAACCCAUCACACCUGAGAGAGCUGGAUCUGAGCUACAAUCACCCAGGAGAGUCAGGAGUGCAGCUGCUCUCUGCUGUACUGGAGGAUCCCAGCUGUAAACUGGAGAAGCUGCAGCUGAACAGCUGUAAAUUGAGUUGGGAAUCCUGUAUAGUGCUGGCCUCUGCCCUCAGCUCAGAUUCACACCUCAGAGAGCUGGACCUGAGAGACAAUGAGCUGCCAGAUUUAAUAGAGAAACAGCAUCCAGGGUUUAAACAGCAGAGGCUACAACCAGCAUUGCUGGGUUUUACACGCUGCAAACUGGACAUACUGAGGCUGAUUAGCUGUAAUCUCACAGCUGAAUACUGUGAGGUGCUGGCUUUAAUUCUCAGGUCAAACCCCUCACCCCUGAGUGAGCUGGACCUGAGUGACAAUAACCUGCAGGAUUCAGGAGUGAUGCUGCUUUUUACUGGACUGGGGGAUUCACACUGUAAACUGGAGAUACUGAGGCUGUCCAGCUGUAGUAUCACAGAAGAAGGCUGUUCUUCCCUGGCUUUGGCUCUGAGGUCAAACCUCUCACACCUGAGAGAGCUGGAUCUGAGCUACAAUCACCCAGGAGACUCAGGAGUGAAGCUGCUCUCUGCUGUACUGGAGGAUCCCAGCUGUAAACUGGAGAAGCUGCAGCUGAACAGCUGUAAAUUGAGUUGGGAAUCCUGUAUGGUGCUGGCUUCUGCCCUCAGCUCAGAUUCACACCUCAGAGAGCUGGACCUGAGAGACAAUGAGCUGACAGAGAAACGGUGCCCAGGAUAUGAAAGGCAGAUGCCCCAGUCAACAUUGCUCAGUUUUACACGCUGCAAACUGGACAUACUGAGGCUUAACAGUUGUAAUCUCACGGAGAAAUGCUGUGAGGCACUGGCUUCAGCUCUCAGAUCAAACUCCUCACACCUGAUAGAGCUGGACCUGAGUGACAAUUAUCUGCAGGAUUCAGGAGUGAAGCCACUCUUUGCUGAACUGAGGAAUACACACUGUAAGCUGGAGAUACUGCGCCUGAACAGCUGUAAACUAACAGAGAAAUGCUGUGGGACACUGGCUUCAGCUCUAAGGUCAAACUCCUCACACCUGAGAGAGCUGGACCUGAGUGACAAUGACCUGCAGGAUUCAGGAGUGAAGCUGCUCUCUGCUGGACUGGGGGAUUCACACUGUAAACUAGAGAUACUGAGGAUGGCAAGUUGCAGAGUCGAAGGAGAUGGGUGUUUCUCCCUGGCUUCAGCUCUGAGAUCAAACCCUUCACACCUGAGAGAGCUGGAUUUGAGCUGCAAUCACCCAAGAGUUUCUGAUGUGAAGCUGCUCUCUGAUGUACUGGAGGAUCCCAGCUGCAAACUGGAGAAGCUAAUGUGAGUACAGAAUGCUGUUA